ACCUCAGCAACGGACUGAGCCCGAUACUCGCAGUUUUUCUUCUUCUUUUGACUGAACCGGUACACCGUACACUCGGUUAGCUCCAGUGAUGGCAGCGGAGAAACAGGGAGCCACCCAGCCGGCGGCAAAGGACCCGGCGGAGAUCAAUGACGCGCCGCCAGAUGUCGAGUCCCAAAUUAGGACUGCCAUGCGGUCUCGCGUCGACUACUUCAAAGAUCAAGCAGAUUCUUUGACAUUUGAGGGAGUAAGGAGGGUUUUGGAAAAGGACUUGGGUCUGGAGAAAUUCGCGUUGGAUGUGCAUAAGAGAUUUGUGAAGCAAUGGCUGCUGGAGCAUACCUCUCAGUGAUGCGGUUGUAUCUUUUUGUGAUGGUACCUCCACAUGAAGAUGCUUUAUGGUUGGAUAUGUCUGAUUCAUGUCUUAUGUUCUACAACUUGGUGCUACAAAAUACAAUUGGAAGUCUGCUACCAUCUUGUCAUUGCUGGGAAAUCUUUUAUCUAUAUUGUUAUUAACUUUGCACUAGCCAUUUUUUUUUCUUAACAAUGCUUGAUUGGCAUAGCUCGAUUUAUUUAUAUGAUUCUUAUAUUAAAGUGUGAUGUGGCCAUGUGGGUUAACAACAAACCAGACCCUCAGUACAGUUACUUCUAUUUAAUAGUAUUCCAGUUCAGUGCAUGCAGGGCGCUGUUGAUGGUAGUGGCCAUCAGGAUUCAACAGAAAAGGUUGCAAAAGCCGCAUGUUCAAUUGAAGAAGCAGUAGAAAUACCUGGAGAGGAUGUGUCAAAACUUGACACAAAGGAUCAUGAUAGCGAGGAGGAGAAAAUGGAAGAUUCCCCUGUAAUGGGACUUCUGACAGGUCAUAAGAAAUCUAAAACGGAAACUAAUAAGAACAAAGAUAUUGAGAAGAAAGUGCCAAGUGAGAGCAUCAUAAAAAAGACAAUUUUGAAGAGGGCUUCAUAUAUUGGAGCUAACUCUGAAAGCAUUACAAUGGCUGGACUGCGUCGACUUCUAGAGGAAGAUCUUAAACUUGAUAGUUGUGCACUUGAUCCCUUCAAGAAGUUUAUAAGCACUCAGUUAGAUGAGGUAUUGCAGUCUCCUGAAAUCUACACUUCGAAGAAGAAAACUGUGGCGAAUAAAUCCCAGGAUAGAUUUGCUAAAGGAGUUAGCAUUGAUGUGAGAUCAGAUUCGUCAGGCAAGGUUGAAGAUGAGCAGGAUGUAGAUGAAGCAAACCCUAAACGUAAGGUUGGUUUAAAAGAGAGGUCAGUGAGCACUGAGGGUCCAAAAAAACGGAAAAGUUCCGAGAAGGAAUCCAAGGUAUCUGGUAAUAAGCAAAGCAAGCGUCCAAAAACUUCAUCACAUGACAAUAGCGAAUCAGCAGAUGAAGUAAACGCCUCUGACAAUGGUGAUUCGCAGUCGUCACAGGAAAAGCCAGUGAAGAAAAGGGAACCUUCUACUCCUGCCCCGAUAUAUGGAAAGCGUGUGGAGCAUCUCAAAUCUGUUAUCAAAUCUUGUGGGAUGAGUGUUCCACCAGCUAUAUAUAAGAAGGUGAAGCAGGUGCCUGAAAAUAAACGUGAGGCAGAGCUAAUAAAAGAACUUGAGGCUAUACUUUCUAGAGAAGACUUGUCAUCUAAUCCUUCCGAAAAAGAAAUAAAAGAAGUUAGGAGGAGAAAGGAGAGAGCCAAAGAACUUGAGGGCAUUGACAUGAGCAACAUUGUGUCCAGUUCACGGAGGAGGUCAACCAGCAGUUAUGUCCCUCCUCCCAAGCCACCUAAAGUACCUAUUGAAAGUGAUAGCGACAGUGAUGAAGCAGAGGAUGAGGAUGAUGAUGACAAUAAUGAGCAUGAAGAUGUGGACAACGAUGUGGAUGAAGAAAGCGAGAGUGAGGAGCUCGAGGACAAGGGUAAGUAACCAAAGAACCCUUUGGUCUAAGAUAAAUGUCAUAGGACUAGUAGUCAAGCAAAAGGGACUUCAUCAUGCUGCAGUUUGCGCUUUGAAUUAGAAUUGUCACGGAGUAAUAGGGGGCACAGAGAAUGAAAUCACCAAAGGGCUGAUUGUUUGCUCGUUGAUUGACUGUUAGAAGCCUCUGCCGGGUCAACUGAAACUAGAGAUACGUAUUCUAUUUAGUUAGUUGCUUCUAUAUCCUGUUCCUAUUUUUUUGCCACCUCUCUUCGUGGAUUCUCUCUUAUCAUUGCUUAGAAGCAGGUUUAGUAGGAAGGAUAGUCACAUCUAAUGGUCGGUACAAGCAUAGAACUGCGUCGCAGCUGGUCCGAAUAGGGAUGUCAAUAUGUUUUGCUGGUGUUGAUUGGAUGAAUCGUUCAGUUAUGAGGUGACCCCUGUUCCGACUUUGUGGUCUAAAGUAGUUUAGUGGCCUGGCUCUAUGGAUUGAGUCAUGGGAUCCGUCAAAGUGCAGUUUAGGUAUACGACUGUGGGUGCUUUCCUGGUGUAAUAUUUGAAAUUGUGAAAUAUUAUUGUAAUCUUAUAUGAUAACUCUCUUUAUGCGGGAAGAAAGAAAGUUGGAGUUCCAUGACUGUCACAAGAAGCUGAACUUUUCGCAUGCUCUGUUUUUAUACUUAGAGAAAAUUAGGUGGGGAUUGGGUGGAGAUCGCCUAUGGACAUUUAUUAUAUGGCCCGUUAUGGUGUUUUGUUAGUAUUGUUAGCCUAAAAUUAA